GGGGUGGCAAAACCAAAACAAAUCAAAGCUAUCCAGAUGGGCAGAUCCCUUGGGUCUGAACUCUGAAACCCUUCUCCUCGACCUCGCUCUGCAGUAGCCAGUAGGGCGCCCAAUUCGCGAGCCCCGAAUCCCGGCCAGUCGAGCGAGCGGCCGCCUCGCCGAGCGCGAUGUACGACACGGCCAGUACAGAGUCCAUCCGCAAGAUCUUCUCCUCGUCCUGCCGACCCCCGCCGCUCCCGUGCCCCUCCGCCGCCGCCCCUUCCCCCGCCUGGAUCCUCCUCGAGCCGCUGGGGUACGUCGCCGACCGGACCAACGCCAGCACCGCCGAGGCCUCCUCGAGCACCGGCCACACCGUCCAUGUCACCAUCUGCGUCACCGACCCGCUCGGCGUCUCCUACGUGUGCGUCCACUGCCCCGGCCUCAAGGAGUCCGACUUCUCCGGCAGGCCCAGCGUCGUCUGCUCGGAGAAGGACUUCCUCCUCCUCUCCAUCUCCUUCAAAUCCGCCCCCCACGCCCGGGAGGGGCUCGACGAGUACUUCGUCUACAAGGCGGGCCCGGGGCGCCCGUCGCUCCGCCUGCUCCCAGGUCCCUAUCCGCACGUCCUCACAUGCUCGGAUGUCGGCCUCCUGCCCCGCGACGACGGCGACCAUUUCGUCCUCGCCACUCCCUCCUUCACGAUGGAUCGCUGGGUCUAUGACCUCCAUCUGUUCUCCUCCAUGACCUGGACCUGGAGCACUAAGGUGGCGUUUGCGGAUAUAUCUUCUGACGUCAGAGCUAAAGUGUCGACCAUUAUUAGAACUUCCAAGGUGAUUCAGCUCGGAGGAGGCACGCUGGGAUGGGUUGAUCUCUGGAGGGGGAUUCUGGUCUGCAACGUGCUCGACGAAAACCCCGUGUUGAGGUACAUCACGUUUCCUAUGCUGAUGCCUGGCCACAGGGAGGCUGCAAAAACAUCCCCUUGGUCGAUUCGGAGUGUAGCCUGCAGCAAUGGCUUGAUCAAGCUUAUCGAGAUAGAGAAACAUGAAAGACCAGAUGAUGAAAAGUCAUAUGAUGACAUGGAUAAACUCUAUGAGUCAGACUGCUUGGAGAAGCCCAAAGUAAUUGGUUGGAGGGCCAUAGUAUGGUACAGAAUGACUUCUUGGGACCAUUGGCGCAAGGGGUGCGUGGUUUAUGAUAAGGAAAUCUCGGUUGACUAUGUAAGACAUUCUAUGAUGUUGCCUGAGCUGAAGGACAACAGUGCCGGAGAAUUGACACUGGAGAACCUAAUAGCAUCUUACCCCGUCCUGAGCUUGACCUGUCAUUCUGAUGAUGUUGUUCACAUGUUGUGCGAAUCAAAGUCUGACAAGUGUGAAUCAAAAUAUUGCAAGAAAAAGAAAUGGAUGAUCACUGUUGACCUGAAAAAGAAGAUAUUAGUCGAUCUGGCACCAUUUACCCUCGAAGGAUAUUUCAGCUCAGCCGACCCUUCUGCAUUGUCCAAUUAUCUGAACGUAGCUCCAGAUCCUUUGCAGAAAGAGGAGUGGCAGGAAGUGUUGCAAGAAGGGGCGAGGAGACCGAGGAUGGUGGCGAGUGAAGUAUUCAACAAAUCUCAAGGGUGGAUGCUUGGGGUAAACAGAUUAACAGCAGCUUCGCGUUUUGUGGUCAUUUUUAGUCCUUUUGUCUGCCGUGUCUUAGUCAUUUUCCCCAUGGGAUUUUGGAAUAAUGGUUGUAUGGCCUCUGUUCCAUUGUUGCAGAACAAAAGUUGUUGGUUGCAGCUGAACAAUUCCUGUUAGUUCAAGCUAGCUUAGUCCUAUGAUGAGUAGGACCACUCUUGGCAUGAGCCUUUUGGGUCCAUCAGCUGCAAACUUCUGGUGCGGAUACCAUGUAAACGGCGGGCGAGGUGCAGGGUAAAAUUGACUCUACUAUGACUAAUAUUUCAUUAUUUUGCUAACCAGACACAGCAUGUGUAUACAAAUGACCUCAUUGCCUCUGUCUUAAUUUGGCAUCACAUUCUAGUGCUCAAAAGGGUUGGCAAAAAGUGCUUAAAAGAAACUUCUAGACGAAACAUUAGGUAUGCUGUGAUACCGAGUAUCUAAGUCACCAUCUCUCAGAUUUGAUGUAAAUUGGGUGCUUUUAUAUGAAAAUUUCUAUUAGCAGUCUUUCCUGCCAUCCAUCUUUUGUGCCAAGGUAGCAACUUAUGGCGUCCUUUUUUCAUAAUGUUGCAGUUUGCCUCCAUGGAUUCUAUUAGGUUUCCAGUGCUUGUGCAUGCCAUCUGUUUGCCAAAAUGUCUGUCAUGCAUUAGCUGAACUGAAUGAAUGUGAAUUAGAAAUGCCGAUUCAACAUCUCUCCCCUUAUUAUUGUUCCAGUUGUCCUCGCCUCCCCUGCUUCUGCUCUUGCUUUAUCUCCCCCUUUGUUUGUUGCUCAGUGUUCUUCAUUUCGGGGUAUGCCAUGGCUCAUUUCAGAUGUUAAUUGUUGUGCUGCAUCAUGUCUAGUGAUUAUCAAUCAUGCCUUUUCACUUGGGGGUGAACCUCUAUGAAAAUGAGAAAACUGGUUGUAGUUGGCAUUGUGACUGUCAUUUUAUCUUUAGCGGAAUAUAAGAAAGGGCACCAUGUUUGAACUUUCAUUUGUGUGCUGUCAUAAGAUCAGAUCCUAAUUGGUUGUGUUUUUUUAUCUUCCCUUGGUUGGGUUUCAGGGCUUUUUUGCAGAAAAAGGAGUGGAUGCGUUAAGGGGUGACGAGGAUGCAGAUAGCGAUGAUAGAUGAUUGGAGUAAACAGAUUAACGGCAGCUUGACGUUUUGCGGUUAUUUCCAGUGUUCUUUUUUCGGGCUGUUGAUAUUGAGUCGAAAUCAGUCAAUGAGUGAGACUUGGGAACGAUAGUUGUAGAGCAGCAUUAGUUGUAGCUGAACAAUUCUCGUUUAUAUCAGUCAGAAAGCAACUUAGUGGGCGGGUAACAAGGUUGCUAUAGUUGCUCAGUGCUUCGUUAUCUUUUUCGACCCGGGAUUCCUAUUAUUUCAAAGUAAAUUACGUGUGCUAGAAGUCCUUGAACUAUGUCUUAAGACUAUACAUAGUGAUUCAUCUCGUUUAACAUC